AUGCUUAAAUUUGAACUGUUCAUCCUCCUUCACAUGGAAAAGGUGAAAAGCCGUCACUUCUGCAAGUACGUUCUCACUGAACACUUCAAUACGCUGGUAUUCGAUCGCGGUACCGCCACUGAUUUCAACUACAUUGCACAUCACGGCUUUGCCCGGGACGAAACUUUAAAGUUCAUUCGUAAAGCUUGCAAAGACGGAAAACUCUCACUGGCUUGUGGCUUGAGUGCUGGCAUGCGUGGUGGCUUCGUUCAUCGUUCGCGUGAACCCCGUUACGACGUGUACAUUCUCGACUUUGGACUAGCUCAUCAGUACCGAGAAGCUGACGGCACACACAAACCCCCACGACAAAAACCAUCGAAAUACAUAGGGAAAGCAAGAUACGCUCCAAGGAAUGCCUACCUGAAUCGGGAACUGAGCCGAAUGGACGACUUGGAGAUGUGGUUGUAUGUGAUCGUAGAACUCGUCAAAGGAGCCGUUCCAUGGGUUCAUCAGAGAAAUCCCAAGGACAUUUUCGACUACCAGAAAUCGGUUAGAACAGGGCUAGGACUACGCGAAUUUUUAGGCGGAUUACCCGUGGAAUUCGUAGACAUUAUGAAGGAAGUGGAUAAGCUUUCGUACGCUGAUGAGCCAAAUUACAAUGAAAUCUACGGCCUCAUCGGUAACGCCAUAUUGAUGAGUGGUGAAAAGGAAUUCCCGUACGACUGGGAAGAAGGCGAAAUAGAAGCCGAGAAAGCUGGUGAAGGGCCCACGGCACCUUUGAAGAAGGAAGAAACACAAGUGCAGACUGCAGCAAAAUAG